AUGUCUCAAAUAUUCCACAUAAAUCAACAAAUCGAACCGUUGGAUUUUGGAGAACCCGCAUUGUGUGCAGUGAUUACUUCAAACGGCCAGCUAACUCCGAGAUACGCGUAUAUAGACAAGUUGCGGAUUACACGUAGAGCCACAAGCCACCACUCAUCCUCUGGAGAAGCUAGAAAAAACGUCCUCGUACUUGGUGCCGGUCAUGUGGUGCCAUCAUUGCUGGAGUAUUUGAAUCGCGACAAGCACACUUAUUUGACUGUUGUGUCCAAUUCGCAAGAGGAGUUAUCUACCAUCAGCUCUCAGUUCAAAAAUCUGACAAUGCGAAAGUUGGACGUGCUGAAGGAUAAAGAAAAAUUGGGGAAGCUGAUGCGAGAACAUGACUUGGUCAUCAGCAUGGUACCCUGGAAAUUCCAUCCGACGGUCGUAAAGGAGUGUAUUAAACACAGACGGAAUCUACUCACUGCCAGUUACUGCACACCGGUGCUCAAAGAGUUGGAACACAGGUAUGGGUGUACAUUUUUUCUCAACUACUAA